AAAAAGAAGAUUCAACAACCUUUCUUGCCUAUUCCUCCUUUCAGAAUAAUUCGUUUUGUCUUAGUAUAAUUCUUUACAACUUUGACACUUUUAAAGCGGUGUUGUAACAACUUAUGGUUGCACUGAGUUAACCAUGGCGGAAACGAUCGGACUUGCCUCCGGGAUACUUGCAUUGGCGACGUUUGCCUUUCAGACCAGUGUCUCUCUUUAUGAGACAGUGAAAAGUUUUCAAUCGCAUCCAAAGCGUGUCCGUGACCUUCUCGGGGAGCUGGAAGCUUUGAGCGCCGUGCUGGCACCCCUUGUUGAUUUAGUAAAAUCGACAUCUGAGGUUGAUCUAUCAGUCCUCGAUUUGCCGUUGUUCCGAUGCGGCAAUGCCUGCAAGGAGUUCCAGCAAGAGCUACUCCGAUGCGCGUCAAGAUCGAGCAGUAGUCGCGCAAGUUUCCGUGAUUGGGCAAGAUUGACAUACAUGGGUGGCAAUAUUGAUGAUUUGCGUGACUUGUUGGCAGGAUACAAAGCUACAAUCAAUAUUGCCUUGACCGAUGCCACACUGCGCCAAUCUACGGUUGCUGUUGAAAGCAUCAGGGACUAUGAGGGUCUGAUUCAAGAUACGAAGGAAGACCUAGGGGCUCGACUUGAAAAUAUUGAUCAAAAGUUAAAGCAGCUGGCUGAGAAGAACGGAAUUCUCUCUGAACUAGAUGCAAGUGAACUGCACUCAUUGCAGGAGGAGCGCCGGAGUACAGAAAAAUGCCUUCAGAUUUGCGCCCAGUUGUCAAGCCAUAUCGAUCAAAUUCAGCUGAUAUCCGACAAUGCAAGCCCUGCUGACGGAUCUGAGAUGGCUGAUAUUUCGCCCGAGACUGUCACGAAUGAAGGCUUACAAGAAUGUAAAAGGAGCCUAAUUGCCACAACCGUCAAGUUGGAAAAGCAUAUGCAAGAGGUCAUGGAUCGGCUGCUCGCGAAAUCGAGAACUACUGUUUCUGAUGAAGAUGCUCAAGAUUUGUCGCGGCUACGUGACGAAUGGGAGGCCGCUCGGCAGUGCUUAGAUAUCUGCUCCCGUGCGGAUAGUCACUUCAAGGAGACUGUCAGUGUUAUCGAAAACCACGGCACUGGUGACGCUUUGCAGUUUAUGGUUUCCGCGAAUGGGAAAGUUCUUCAUGGAAAAAAUCGGGGUCUGGGUUGGAGGAACAGACAAGUAGGAGGCUAUAUGAGCAACGAGUCAAUCCAGCAGCUAUCACGAGACCUCACAGCUCACCACACUGUUUAUUCGAGAAAUGAAGAGCCCAUCUCAGAAUCCGAUACUUUACCACGCGCCAGCGAUGCGGCGGGGGAUGAGACGGUCCCCGAAUUUAAGGAACGCUACGGGCGAGGUUUCACCCUAAGAUCGGCGCCGACACCAGAGACAAACAUAUCGUCCCGCAGUGCGAGUAAGCAGUAGAGCUUCAGCCUGUGAUCUUGCCACAAAAAGGCCCCAUGUCAAGAAGGAUCUGAUUUUCCACUUGUUCUUUUUCUAAUUUGUCUUCUAUUGUUUGAGAUCUCAUAUCAACCUCCUAUAUUCUUUCCUAAAUAGCUCUGGCAUUGCCAUGAAGCCUUAUUCUUGUUAGUAAAUCGAGAAAUACCAAGAAUUUCUGCUACG